GGAAAAACAAAACCGUGAAUAACACGAAAACUCGCAGUUCACAGCGAACUACCGCCACGAAUCUGCGCGUCUGGGUCACAUUUUGCGCGUCCACUCGAUCACCGGGGGCUUUCGCCGCUCUUUGUGGGCUUUCGGGCGAUGUUGUUUAUCUGUAGUAAGGGGGGGCUUGAAACCGCCAUCCCUUGCCCCAUUUCCUCGGUUGUUUUCCUUCUCUCGGAUUCUCCAUGUUGUUGCUGAAAGUGAGGACUUCACCGCGACUGCAGAGGCGGGCUGUUCGGCGGGACCACCUGUAAAUAGAAGCGGCGAGGCCGAGUCGACGUGGAGUCCGAGAACCUCCAGAAAAUAAGAUCCAAGUGCCUUGCCCCCUCCCCAGGCGGCGGACCCACGGAAAAAGAGGAAUAAAGAAGCCCGGAGGUUCGAGUCCUGCGCUCACCGAGAGGACCGACACGGAGGCGGGCGACACGCAAACCUCGGUACUGAAGCGGGCCUGUCAACAGAACCCAAUGAGGGAUGCCCAGUGCGCGGGGGCAGGAUUUGAGGAUUUUGAGGGCUCCGUGAUUGUCAGAUGGAAAGUUCUGUUAUCACCCAAGUGCAGAAAGAAGACGUCCAAGUGUCUCCGAGAACAGGCCAGGUGAGCCGCUCCGCCCUGAAACAGCCGCGCAGCUGUAACAUCUUCAAAGCUCUUUUCUGCUGCCUCCAAGUCCAGGAUGGCCCCAAACCACCACUGCCACCAGCGUCCCAGCAGCCCCUGCUGGAGUCACAGGAGAAUGGGACGGUUGUCAAGCAAUCUGAAGUCAGCCUCCUGCCUCAGGUCAAGACCCAGGACCAAGGGAAGGUCUGCGUGGUCAUAGACCUGGAUGAAACCCUGGUUCACAGUUCAUUCAAGCCCAUUAGCAACGCUGACUUCAUCGUACCCGUGGAGAUAGAGGGGACCACACACCAGGUGUACGUGCUGAAGAGGCCGUACGUGGACGAGUUCCUGCAGAGGAUGGGAGAGAUGUUUGAAUGUGUUUUGUUUACAGCCAGUCUUUCCAAGUAUGCAGACCCAGUGACUGACCUGCUGGAUCAGUGCGGUGUGUUCCGGGCCCGGCUUUUCCGGGAGUCUUGUGUGUUCCACCAAGGUUGUUACGUGAAAGACCUGAGCCGUUUGGGGAGAGACCUCCACAAAACCCUCAUCCUGGACAACUCCCCCGCCUCCUACAUCUUCCACCCGAACAACGCGGUUCCCGUGAUGUCGUGGUUUGAUGACGUGGACGAUGCUGAGCUGCUCCACCUCCUGCCCGUCUUUGAGGAGCUCAGUAGAGCCGACAACGUUUACACCCGGCUGGAUGAGCUCCGAGGACAUUAGCUUGUUAGCGUGUUACGCACAACAUGCGCGCUUAGAAAACACUGACAGCCUCUCGGGCUCAGCUGCAACACUCGAUCACACGAUGAGGCCUUUCGGAUGGACCUCACCGAUGACGAUAAACACAACCACUUUUUUGAAGCACUACACUACAGAAAGGCAGACGCACGACAGGCAAAGCAGUCCCGUCACGCCAGUCUGAUCAUGGCAGUAGGUGUUUGGCCAAAGCAGAUGCCGCCCUCGCUUCACUUCUGGAUAUUGUCUGUUUUGUUACUGUGCCUUCUAAGGAACGACAGAAGAAAUCUGCUCUUUUUUAAUUUCCACCAGAUUUUAUACUGUUGUUGUUUUUUUAUUAUAAAGAAAUCUAUUUUUAAACUGUAAAUGUGGUUCUUCUAUGCAACCCACUUUUCUAAUAACAUGAUUAGUACCUCUAAAGCAGGAAGUUAAGGAUAAUGAUGACAGAUGAUAAUGUUACUGUAGACUUUUAAUGACUUGUACGUGGGCAUCAAGGUUUAAGUGCGUGUUACUUCUUCGUAUUAUAACCUAUAAAACAUGCAAUAUUUGUAUUCAGAUUGAUACAUUUAGUUACAUUGGGUAAACGGCAAACAUUUGGCUAUGGUCCUUUGUAAAUAGAAACACUGGAUUUGAUGGCACAUAGGACGACCAUAAACAUUAGUUUAAGUAAGGAAAAAAGAAAAGUGUUUGUCUUCUCUGUUUUUGUGCGACAACUUGCACUUGUUCGAUAUUGACAGUGCUGAAAGUAAAAGACCCUGUGCCUUUUGGAUUUGGGACAGGACAGUGUUCAGCCUGACAGAGAUUUGGAGGCAGCGCUCCAGAUCAGGGCUGAUGCCACGGGCUCUGGUACUUAUUACAGGUCAACACUUGAACAUGUCGACGCUGAUGUUUUUCCAUGCGUAAGUGUUUUUCUUUUCUUAUUUAUUGGCUACAAUCUUGUAACAGUUCUUACUGCUUAUUUUCUGGUUCGUUUAGCCUCCGUUGAGGCUGGCCUUGUGCUCAUCUGUGCCUCGAACGUGGAGCUGUCCAUGUCAACGGACAAACUACAGUCAAUGAAAUCUGGGAGUUUUUCUUGUCUUUUUCAUUUAGUACAACCUUUUUUGUGGGGUUUGUUUCUUUGGUAGGACGUUUUUUUUCUGUUGCAUGUUGAUGAGAAAAUAUGACAAAGAAAGGGUGUGAUGACCAAAAGUAUUUAAGUUGUAAAUGUUUUUGCAUAUCGUUGAAAAGCCUCCAACUCAUUUUGUAUAUUAGUUCUGACCAAAACGAUAAAAAGGUGCUACCAGUUUUCAUCUUGAAAUAAAGUUUGGGUAUAUUUUACAAA